AUGAGUACAGUAUUUCGAAGUGAAGAAAUGACAUUAUGUCAACUGUUUCUACAGCCAGAAGCAGCCUAUUCUUGUAUAUCGGAAUUAGGAGAACUUGGAAUUGUACAAUUUAGAGAUUUAAAUCCAAAUGUUAAUGCAUUUCAACGAAAAUUUGUCAAUGAAGUACGACGUUGUGAAGAAAUGGAACGAAAAUUACGUUUUCUUGAAACAGAAAUUAAAAAAGAUAAUUCACACAUUUCUGAUCCAGAAGAUAAUCCGGAGGCACCAAAACCAAGAGAAAUGAUUGAUUUAGAAGUAUGUAUUGUAUGA